AUGGAGCCCAUCAUGAUACUUUGUCUUCUCUUCUUCAUUAUUUUCUGCUUUUGUAAGUUAGUUUUUCUGAAGAGAGAAGCCUGCUGCUAUAUGCUGGCUUAUGAGUGCUAUAAAGCUCCAGAGUAUAGGAAGCUUGACACAGAAACUUGUGCAAAAAUCGUCUUCAGAAAUAAGAACCUGGGGCUAGAAGAAUACAGGUUUCUCUUACACACUAUUGUUAGUUCUGGCAUUGGUGAGGAAACUUAUGGCCCUAGUAACAUUAUCUCAGGCCAAGAAGAUUCUCCUACUCUGAAAGACUCCAUUUCAGAAAUGGAUGAUCUCAUCUUCGACACACUCGACAAGCUCUUUUCCAAAACAGGAAUUUCUCCAUCAGAAAUUGACAUACUUGUUGUCAAUGUUUCUUUGUUCUCUCCUGAACCUUCUCUAGCGGCUCGAGUAGUUAAUCGUUACAAGAUGAGAUCAGACGUCAAAACUUUCAACCUCUCUGGAAUGGGCUGCAGUGCAAGCAUUGUAUCCAUUGAUCUGGUGCAGCACUUGUUAAAGUCAUACAAAAAUGCGUUCGCUAUUGUUGUGAGUACAGAAUCGAUAGGUCCAAAUUGGUACCGGGGCAAAGAAAAAUCCAUGAUGCUCUCGAACUGUCUGUUCCGUUCAGGAGGUUGCUCAAUGCUCUUCACAAACAACAGCGCUUUAAAACAUCAAGCCAUCUUCAGAUUGAAACAUCUUGUACGAACGCAUCUUGGCUCAAACGACGAGGCCUACAGAUGCUGCAUACAAAUAGCAGAUGACCUUGGGUACAAAGGUUUUCUCCUUACUAAAAGCCUUAAAAAAUCUGCUGCUCAGGCUCUUGCUGUGAAUCUCCGUGUCUUAGCACCUAAAGUAUUACCACUAAGUGAAUUGCUUCGCUAUGUUUAUGCAUCUCAUCUAAAAAAGAAAACCAAAAAAACUAGCCUUCUAGAAAUGGGAGCAGGCUUGAAUCUGAAGACUGGAGUAGACCAUCUCUGUAUACACCCAGGUGGCAGGGCAAUUAUUGAUGAGGUUGGGAAAAGUUUAGGCCUUAGUGAUUAUGAUCUUGAGCCAGCUAGAAUGGCACUUCAUCGAUUUGGCAAUACAUCGGCUGGUGGCCUUUGGUAUGUUUUAGCCUACAUGGAGGCCAAGCAGAGGCUUAAGAAAGGUAACAAAAUACUAAUGAUCAGUCUUGGAGCAGGUUUUAAGUGCAACAACUGUGUGUGGGAGGUAAUGAGGGACUUGAAGGAUGUCAGUGUUUGGAAAGAUAGCAUAGACCAAUAUCCUCCAGAAACCACAGUCAAUUCAUUCAUCGAAAAGUAUAGUUGGGUCAAUGACGAAUACCUCAGCUUUGUUAAAUUUCACUAG